AUGGCCACAGCGGAGGGCUCAGCAGGCCCCAGCCGUCCAGCCUGCGGGCACUUUUCCCCAGGGCCUUGGAAAGCUGAUGUGGGCGCAGAUGUCCCCAUGGAGGCUUGCUGUGCAGAUGGACAUCGGAUGGCCACUCAGCACCGAGACUGCUCGCUGCCUUACGCCUCGGAGUCUAAGGAGUGCAGGAUGGUCCAGGAGCAGUGCUGCCACAGCCAGCUGGAGGAGCUGCACUGUGCCGCGGGCAUCAACCUGGCCAGCGACCAGGACGCCUGUGUCCCGCCGCGUGGUGACAACGCCAGCCUCGAGGCCGUGUUUAUGAAGAGAUGCUGCCACUGCUGUGUGCUGGGGCGGGUGGCCCAGGCCCGGGCCCAGAGCUGCGAGCCCAGCCUCAUGAUCGGCUACCAGUGUGGGAUGGUGUUCCGGGCAUGCUGUGUCAAGGGACAGGAGACCGCGGACUUCCCCCCCGGGGAUGUGGGGGACCUCCAAGACACAGCUAAGGUCUCUGAGGCGGAGGAGGAACAGGAAGACCCCUACCUGAAUGACCGCUGCCGAGGGGGUGGGCCCUGCCAGCAGCAGUGCCGGGACACCGGGGACGAGGUGGUCUGCUCCUGCUUUGUGGGCUACCAGCUGCUGCCUGACGGUGUCUCCUGUGAAGAUGUCAAUGAGUGCAUCACAGGCAGCCACAGCUGCCGUCUGGGAGAAUCCUGCAUCAAUACCGUGGGCUCUUUCCGCUGUCAGCGGGACAGCAGCUGCGGGACUGGCUAUGAGCUCACAGAGGACAAUAACUGCAAAGAUAUUGACGAGUGUGAGAGUGGUAUUCAUAACUGCCCCCCCGAUUUUAUCUGUCAGAAUACUCUGGGAUCCUUCCGCUGCAGACCCAAGCUACAGUGCAAGAGCGGAUUUAUACAGGACGCUCUAGGCAGCUGUAUUGGUAAGCCACGCUGCCGCCAGAUGCACGGUCCGCCAGGCGGGGAAGGCCUGGCUGUGGCCACACCUGGAAUUGAGGGAUGUGCAGAGCAAGGACCCGGGCUGGCAAAGCUUCGAGCUGAUGAAGCAGACAUCAACGAGUGCCAGCGCUACCCCGGGCGCCUGUGUGGCCACAAGUGUGAGAACACUCCCGGCUCCUACCACUGCAGCUGCUCCGUGGGCUUCCGGCUCUCGGUGGACGGCCGCUCCUGCGAAGAUGUGAACGAGUGUCAGAGCAGUCCCUGCAGCCAGGAGUGCGCCAACGUCUACGGCUCUUACCAGUGCUACUGCCGGCGCGGCUACCAGCUCAGCGACGUGGACGGGGUCACCUGCGAAGACAUCGACGAGUGUGCCCUGCCCACCGGGGGCCACAUCUGCUCCUACCGCUGCAUCAACGUACCCGGAAGCUUCCAGUGCAGCUGCCCCACAUCCGGCUACAGGCUGGCCCCCAACGGACGCAACUGCCAAGACAUUGACGAGUGUGUGACCGGCAUCCACAACUGCUCCAUCAACGAGACCUGCUUCAACAUCCAGGGAGGCUUCCGCUGCCUGGCCUUCGAGUGCCCCGAGAACUACCGCCGCUCCGCAGACACGGUCCGGCAAGAGAAGACGGACACCGUCCGCUGCAUCAAGUCCUGCCGCCCCGCCGACGUCGCUUGUAUGCGGGACCCCGUGCACACCAUCUCCCACACGGUCAUCUCGCUGCCCACCUUCCGCGAGUUCACCCGCCCUGAAGAGAUCAUCUUCCUGCGGACGGUCACGCCGCUGUAUCCUGCCAACCAGGCUGACAUCAUCUUUGACAUAACGGAAGGGAACCUGCGGGACUCCUUCGAUAUCAUCAAACGCUACAUGGACGGCAUGACCGUGGGUGUCGUGCGCCAGGUGCGGCCCAUCGUGGGCCCUUUUCAUGCCGUCCUGAAGCUGGAGAUGAACUACGUGGUCGGGGGUGUGGUCUCCCACCGAAAUGUCGUCAACGUCCACAUCUUUGUCUCUGAGUACUGGUUCUGAGGGCUGGUCCACAGGGCAGCCCACAUCGUUGCUGCAGUGACCGCUGUGCCUGUGUGACCCCGAAGGCAUUUUUAAAUGUUAUGUGUUGGUUUGUAGCAUUAGGCCAAUAUGUAUUUUGCUGAGCCAGGUGAAUAAGCCCAUCCGAUGUACUCUGGUGUUUAAAUAAUGAGUGUAAUUGCUCAGCUGUUUGGCUGAAGACCUUGCUGAUGUUUUUAAUGCAAAGGUUAGAUUUUGUGCCUUUCUCUGCCUGUGGACUGGGCCUUGGUAAGAACUGAGGAAAGACAUCUCUCAAAGGGGCAGCCAGUCCAAAAUCCAAGAGAAGGCCCAAUUAUAUGAAAUUUGACAUUUUGGUCCUUUGACACCAAUCAGCUUCUGUGUUCUAAGUUCAUGGCUGCUGAAGAAUAGCACAUACAUGCACAAUAAUUUCUCCCCAGAAGCAGCCUGACAGAACGCCUUGGGGAUACUUAGAAGGUCAACUGCAGUCCUGUUGAAACAGGGGGGUCUCUUGGUAAAGACACAGGCUGUGGUGUUUGGUGUGGCCUAAUGUGGUCGCCUGGGGACAGGCUGGGUUUCUCUGUACCCUGCAUCCUUUCUCACAGGUGGGAAAUAAACAGCUUUGCCAUCCUCCUGA